CUUUACGUCAGUCGUAAAGCAAUGGAGAUGACAAUACUGAUGCGAGAUAACUGAAGGCUGAAACGUUACUUUCCAGAAUUUCGUCUCUCUGAAGGGUGUUGAAUUCCGACACGGUGUGACAUAUUCUGUGUGCCAACCUCUUACGAGUUGACGUGUCUAAGCAGAGUAUUUUAUUAAUACUCAAGUGUCCCUCUGGUGAGGCGAGACAGCGACGAGAGAGCCAGUGGAAGAAGAAUCGCUUUUAGCCAGUCAUUGCCAUGGCCUCCGAAAGCGGCGACAGCAACAUGGAUAGAGAAAUGAUUCUGGCCGACUUUCAGGCUUGCACUGGAAUUGACAACAUUGCAGAAGCAAUCACUCUGUUAGAGCUCAAUAACUGGGAUUUAGUGGCAGCCAUCAAUGGAGUGAUACCACAGGAGAACGGGAUCUUACAAAGUAACUUUUCCAAUGAGGCGAGCCAGGCCAGCAUGUACGGGCCUCCUAGCCAAUCAGAAGCAGCCGAUGCAGCAGCAGGAGGCUCCAUUCCUCCUCCCUCCUCUUCGUCUUCGUCCUCCUCUCCUCCGUCGUCCUCCACUUCAGCUUUUUGUCCCAGCAACUCUUCCAGCCGACACAUUGUAGAGCGCCAGCCCCGGAUGCUCAACUUCAGGGUGGAGUACCGGCAGCGCUCUGUCGAACUGGUACUGGAGGAGGGUAGCACAGUCGGAGAGAUCAAACAACUCCUCGAGACAGAGCUUGGGGUCCCAGUGUCCAAAAUGCAGCUGAAAGGAUGGAAGAGUGGAGAUGUAUCAGAAAGUACCGUGCUGAGAAGUUUACACCUGCCCAAGAACAACAGCCUCUACGUCCUGACCCCAGAAAUUGCCGCUACGGCCAGCACCAGCAAUAACAGUGCGCUCCAGGAGUCAUUAAACCAGAACUUCCUGCUGGUCAUCAGCCACCGCGAGGCGCAGAGGGACUACAAUCUCAAUUUCCCCGGCUCCAGAACCAUACAGGAGGUGAAGAGGAACGUUUCAGACUUGACCAACAUCCCAGUCCGGCAUCAACAGUGGGAGGGAUGGCCCGCAACAGCAACUGAUGACUCUAUGACGCUAGCUGUCUCUGGAAUCAGCUAUCCUUGCCAUCAUCUCAGUGUUUGUCGAAGGUCUUCACCAGCCAACUCCCAGGAGCCCACAGAAGAGUGUGCAGAUGUUCAUAUGGUCAGCGACAGUGAGGGGGACGAUUUUGAGGAUGCGUCAGAGUUCGGCGUGGACGAUUCAGAGAUGUUUGGAAUGGGUUCCUCUACCUGUCGGAAAUCACCAAUGAUGCCAGAGAACAGUGAGAACGAAGCUGAUGCCUUACUGCACUUUACUGCCGAAUUUUCUUCAAGGUAUGGAGAGGCUCACCCAAUGUUCUUCAUUGGGUCUUUGGAGGCAGCGUCUCAAGAAGCUUUCUAUGGCAAAGCCAGAGAUAGAAAGCUGCUAGCCAUCUACCUCCACAAUGACGACAGUGUCCUCGGCAACGUCUUCUGCUCCCAAAUGAUGUGUGCUGACUCCAUCGUCUCCUACCUGAGCCAGAACUUCAUUACAUGGGCCUGGGAUGUCACUAAAGAAGCUAACAAAGCCAGACUACUCACAAUGUGUACUAGGCACUUUGGCAGUGUGGUGACACAGACUAUACGGACAUACAAGACAGACCAGUUCCCUCUUCUCCUUAUAGUCAUGGGAAAACGCACAUCCAAUGAAGUUCUAAAUGUUAUUCAAGGCAAUACAACAGUGGACGAGCUGAUGAUGAGGUUAAUGGGUGCAAUGGAGAUCUUUACAGCACAACAACAAGAGGAUAUCAAAGAUGAGGACGAGCGGGAGGCAAGAGAGACAGUGAAAAGAGAACAGGACGAGGCCUACCGUCUGUCUUUAGAGGCUGACCGUAAAAAGCGAGAAGCCCAGGAGAGGGAAGAGGCCGAGCAGGUUCGCCUGGAACAGAUGAGAAAGGAGCAGGAGGAUGAAAAGGAGGCAAUCCGCUUGUCAUUGGAGCAGGCCCUACCGACAGAGCCCGGCGAGGAUUCAGCCGAGCAAAUCAGCAAAUUGCGUAUCCGCACACCAAGCGGCGAGUUUCUGGAAAGGCGUUUCCUGGGCAGCUGUAAGCUCCAAGUCCUCUUUGACUUUGUGGCCUCUAAGGGAUACCCCUUUGAAGAGUUCAAGCUCCUCACCACCUUCCCUCGUAGAAAUAUCACCCAGUUGGAUCCGGGGUCGACUCUGCUGGAGGCCAAGUUGUUCCCUCAGGAGACGCUCUUCCUGGAGGCUAAAGAGUAGGAAGUGGCCCUCUGAUAGCCGAGGAGGACCGACUGACUGACUGACUGACUGAUGAACUGGCUGGACACACACUAGUCACGGAGCAUGGGCCUCACCAGUCUGGGCCUACAGUACACACACACACACACACACACACACGCACAAAAAUACACCCACGCACCAGAUCAUCCUCUCAGACAUACACAAACACACUGGCAUGCACAUCCAGUGACACACAUUGCAAGUAAGCUUCUCUGCCCUCGGCCAGGUGGUGGCACUCAAAUGCCCCUGCGUGCACUCGGUGCACAGAGGAGCAAAGACAGUAUCACACAAGCACACAGCCAAACACCUCCCCUAAAAAAAAAAAAACACCUGUCUCUCUCUUUCUCCUCUAACACAACUCACAACUUCUCAUACACAACUGCUGUGUCAUGGUUUUCUCUCACAAACACUACACAGAACGAUGAGAGCAUUGAGAGACUGAGUCGACAUCUUUGUCACAGGAAAAAAAGAACUUGUUCCUCUUGUUUCCACAUUCAAAACACCAGGCUGCUUUUUUUAGAACAUGGUUUUUGUGUUUGAAAUCUAAAAAAAAAAAAA